AUGAAAAUAAAUGAUGAUUUCAAUUUCAAUUGUCACCAACACUCUAAGAAAUUAAAAUUUAUUUGUACCACUUGCAAUGAAAUUUUGUGUCUAGAUUGCAUACCAGAAUACAAACAUAAAUCACAUAUAUUUGAUGAUAUCGAUAGCAUUAAAAACAAACUAUACCAACAGAUUCAUCAACAAAAUCAACCAAUAUUUCUCUACCAAUAUGAGAUUACCAACAGCAACGAUCAACUAAACAAUAAACCAACAUACAAUUUCAUCAAUAGAUUAGCCGAGAUUUGGAAAUACCUAAAAGAACUUAGCCUUAAACAUCAAUUGUUUGAGGACACCGGUGCAGUCGUAAAUGAAUUCUACAGGAACCUUCAUGAAUACCUCAGAUUGGAGGAGUUCAAAAUCAUGAAGCCGAUCACCGAUGAAAAAAACAAAGCUGAAUCGAUCAUAGAGUCACUGGUGGAGGAAAUCAAAUCGAUCAACAGUAUUCUCAUUGCUCUCAACUCCAACCCAAAAGAGAAUAGCAGCAACUGUCAUUGCACUGGUUCCAUUCCCAGCUCUGGAAUGAAUGGAAAAGGCGACAAGAAAGGAUAUAUGGAUGUAGUCAAUUACCAACUCUCCUCGAUUAUCAACAAAAUUAAAUCUUGUACAUCAAUCAACCAAUUUCUACUGAGCAAUCAAUCAACUAUUUUUGCUCCUGUCGACCCAGUCUGUGAUAAUCCAACCUAUGAUACCCUGUUAAAGAUCAGGACACACCAGACUAUCUUUCCGUUGGAAUAUCAAGAGCCAAUAUCCUACCAGAUUAGAUUCGACGAGUUGAAGCUAGAGUCCAUUAAGAAAGAGUUGCAGACACUCUACGAAUUGGUGAAUCUCAACGAUGACAUCGACCGUAGCAGUGGUAACAUGAUCAUUACCAUUGGAAAUGAUGGAGCCAAUCUCUUUGAUAUUUCAUCGGAGGUCUGGAUCGAUUUGGAACCGGACACAGAACAUCGAUUCGCAACACUAAACUCCAUCGUUCAAGUUGGUCAGCAUUGUUAUGUGUUUGGUGGUGGCGACAAAAGUACAACAUUCUCAAGGUAUUCGAUUGUCGAUCACAAGUGGGAUUAUCACGGUGAGAUACUUGGCUCUGCUGGUGAACAUGUAGCGGCUUGCUACGAUGGUAACAAGUACAUCUAUGUCUAUGGUGGAUUCAUAAAUUUGAAACAUUUGUCGCGACUCGCAAGACUCGAUAUUGAAACGAUGCGUUGGGAGAAGAUUGGCGAUAACGACUACGCAUCGACCUGUGCCUAUAUAUUCUACUAUGAGAAUUCAAUCUAUAUUGUCGGAGGCGAUUGUUUCAAGACACAUCAUCGUACCGUUAUGAAAUGUGAUUUGGAGACACUGCAAUUUUCGACGUUCAUCAAUGACAUUGGGUUCAGUACGCAUACCAACUCUGUCUGCUACGGUGACGGAUAUAUUUACAUUCUCGAUGCAGACUCGACUUUCUAUAGGAUAUCGAUAGUCGACAAGAAUAGGACAACUCUUAAAUCACCAUUCUCUCAGUUUGUUCCCUAUAAAUCGGCAAUGGUCUAUGUCACCGACAACAUGGGAUCGCACAUCUACUUUAUUAGCGGUUCGCAAUAUGGAAAUCAUCACUACUCCAUUCAGAACGACAGUUGGUUGAAGAUUAACGACAAAGAUACCAUCAAUAGAUGUUGUAUUGGUGCUGCACUCAUUAAAAAUGUGGCUAAAUAA